AUGGCAGCUGGCACCACCCUGAGUGUGAAGGUGGAAGCCCCGCCCCGCCUCGUGGCCCCGGGCAACCUCGCCGGCCGGCGCGGGGACUACCUGAAGCGCUGCACGUUCGAGCGGGACCGCGACCCGUACUGCCCCAUCUUCAGGCUGGGCUUCAUCGCGGACCAGGCCGGGGAGAACUUCACGGAGCUGGCACACAAGGGCGGCGUCCUGGGCGUCCUCAUCAACUGGGACUGUGACCUGGACCUCUCGGAGGCCCAGUGCAACCCCCAGUACUCCUUCCGGAGGCUGGACCCCAAGCACGCCGCAGCCUCCUCCGGCUACAACUUCAGGUUUGCCAAGUAUUACAACAUAAACGGCACCGCGACCCGCACGCUGGUCAAAGCCUACGGGAUUCGAAUCGACGUCAUUGUGCACGGACAGGCAGGGAGGUUCAGCCUCAUUCCCACCAUCAUUAACCUGGCCACCGCUCUGACCUCCAUUGGAGUGGGCUCCUUCCUCUGUGACUGGAUCUUGCUAACAUUCAUGAACAAAAACAAAGUCUACAGCCGUAAGAAAUUCGACAAGAUGGUGGACACUCUCGGCCAGCAUGUACGGAAGACAUGUUCCACCUGUGAGCACCCCCAACAGGACCCUGCACCCACAAACCCCAAAGGUUAA